UCCCGCUGAGCUCCACUACACCUCGCUGUUUCCAGAUGCAAGGCGCAGAAACUUAAAGAAGCAGCUGAAUGUGUGGAUGACGGAGUGUAACUUUCUGCGUGGGACUUUUGGCUUCAGAACUUGCCAUUAUGACACAAUAAUUUGUAAAGUGGGCUUCUUUUUUUCCUCAAGAUAUCUAAUCUGGGCCUUUUUUAAACAUUACUGUUAGAACUUUUAUUGUAACAUCUAUAGGAUUGGACACAUGGACUAUUUUAUCCUCAUCCUGGGACAAUGACUAACUGCUCUUGGAGUUAUCUUUAUGAAGGGAAUUAGGCUGUUUCAGAAAGAUAACAUUGUACAGUUCUCAAGAGCAAUGGAAUUUUGUUUGCAUAUUCAACUUCUUACUGCUUUUGUCUUGUGUUUUAAGGUCUGUGCUCAGGUGGUACCAAAUGAGAAUCAAGCAGGCCUGCAGGUGUUGGCCACGGCUUCACAUUAUUGGCCUCUUGAUGCAGUGGAUGGAAUUCAUGAGCUGCUGGACCAGAUUGGAAGCAGUCCGCGUUAUGUCAGCGGCAGCGAAAUAACUGUCAGAAUCCACAACCACACUGUGCUCCCUUCUUCCCAUAACUCUUCCUAUGUGUAUACCAAUGACUCUGCCUACACUAACAUUUCUGCAAUAGUAGACAUUGUUGAAGGCGUACACAAUAAGGGUAUCUUUCUGGACUGUGAUAACGGCGGCCUCUUUCUUUACUUUGGAAACUACCAGAACUCCUGCGUCAGUGAUCUUAAUCUCUGUGCUCUGGAUGGUGUGACCUUCUCCUUUUUUUGGAAAAACGAAAAGCCAGAUUCCAACUUUGCUGUGGCGUCUGGAGCGAAAGUUAUCUCGAAUAGCUUCACAGUCUUUGCAGACUCUCACAAGGGAUGCGUGGAGCUUUACACGCGAGACGACAAACACAGAUGGAGAGCGGAAAUUCCCACUUCAGGCUCAUAUUGGACACAUGUUCUGUUCACCUGGACCAAGAAGGACGGUCUAAAGGUUUUCAUCAAUGGGACUUUGUGUGACGGUGAUCCCUCCGGCUCUACCUCAGAGAGUUCUGCGGACUUCGGUUCUGACGUUUUCCUUAAAACCGAGAACAACAAGGCGCAUCGUCGUUAUGUAACGCGGGCUUUCGAUGAAUUUGCCAUCUGGAAGAGGGCCCUUUCUCCCCAUCAGAUCAAACUCUAUUACAGAGCAGCUGUAGGUCAGGAUGUGGUUUCUGCCACAACGCACGGAAAUGCUUUGGAUGUCCCUACUACUGCAGCAACAGGUAGAGCUUUUGAAGUGAGUCCUCCUGUGAUCAGCGGUCACCAGGAGGUGGUCCAGAGCUCCCAGGGGCCGAGCACCAAGCCCGUGUUGGACUUCCUCAGCACGCUGCCCAACAGGACAAUUCCUCACAACGCUGCCGACAACCUCACCCAGGCUUUUCUCAAAAGUGUGGAAGAAGUUCUGACUUCUCCAGGAUUGCCAGAGCAGGCCGACCCGGUGGUCAGCAGCUUGAUUGAGACAGUGGACAUCGUGAUGGGACAAAUGGUGACCAAGCUAGAGUUCAGCUCUGACUCUCCCUUUUCCCUGGGUGGAACGUCUUUGGUUGCAGAUUACUCCCUGAUGAAGCUGCCACAGAACUUCAAUCUGCCACAUUACCGCUUUCCCACACAGGGGAAGAAUUACAUCUCAGUGCCUGGGGAGGCAUUUGCAAUGCACACUCAAACCACCAUUGUUGGCCUCUUCUACCACAACAUGCACAAGUACUACAAAGAAAUCAGCCCAGCCAAGACGAGGAUUACCGAAGCAGCUGACUACAAGGAUCACAAGAUCCAGAUAGCAAGCUGCCUGAUUUCUCUGAAAGUGGAGCCUUUACCACCAUUGUUGGUCAACCAUUCUGGAGCACCGCUCAUCAAAAUUGUCCUCACCCACUUUCUGACUAAAGAACAGCAAGACCAAAUGCUAAAUCAGAGCAAUAAAGUCUUCCUCUACUGCGCCUUUUUGGACUACAGCACUAAUGAGGGAGUGUGGUCCAAUGAAGGCUGCGUUCGCUCAGAUGGAAACUCGUCGUAUUCUGUGUGCAUGUGCAACCAUCUUACCAAUUUUGCCAUCCUCAUGCAAGUUGUGCACUUGGAGCUCACUCCUGGCCACAAGAUGGCACUAUCAACCAUUGGGUAUAUUGGGUGUUCAAUAUCCAUCUUCUGCCUGGCCAUCACUCUGGUUACAUUUGCAGUUCUUUCGUCUGUUAGUACCAUCCGUAAUGAGCGCUACCACAUCCACGCUAACCUGUCCUUUGCCAUCCUGGUGGCAGAGAUCUUACUGCUCAUCAGCGCUCGCUUUGAGCCGGGCACGCUGCCCUGUAAGGUCAUGGCCGUCCUGCUUCACUUCUUCUUUCUGAGUGCGUUUGCCUGGAUGCUGGUGGAGGGUCUGCAUCUCUACAGCAUGGUGGUGAAGGUGUUUGGCUCAGAAGGCAGCAAACACUUUUACUACUAUGGCAUUGGAUGGGGUUCUCCACUGCUGAUCUGUGUUGUGUCUGCGACAUCGGCCCUCAAAAGCUAUGGAGAGACUGUCAACUGCUGGCUGUCGCUGGAGAUGGGAGCCAUUUGGGCAUUUGUGGCACCUGCUCUUUUCGUCAUUGUGGUUAACAUAGGCAUCCUGAUAUCCGUGACGAGAAUCAUAUCAAGAAUCAGUGGGGAGAAUUAUAAGGUUCACGGAGAUGCUAACGCGGUCAAGCUGACAGCCAAAGCAGUGGCAGUGCUCCUGCCCAUACUCGGCAUUUCCUGGAUCUUUGGAGUUCUUGCCUUCAACACACACACGACUCCGUUUCUAUAUGUUUUUGCUGUAUUUAACUCAUUACAAGGGUUCUUUGUUUUCUUGUUCCACUGUCUUCUCAACUCUGAGGUCAGAGCUGCAUUCAAGCACAAAACCAAGGUUUGGUCUCUCACCAGCAGCUCUAUAAGAAACGCCAAUGUGAAACCGUUCAACUCUGACAUUAUGAAUGGAAACAAGGAGGGUGUAACUCCCACUAAGAUGAACACAUGGGACAAAAGCACCAACUCGGCCAACCGUUUUGACCUCUCCGCUGUGUGACAGGAGAACAAUGUGUGGCUCACUUGGGUGGAAAGGCAAACACUGGCCAGAGAGCUCUUCCACUCUGUCAUUACAUGCAGUCAAUUUGAAGUUGUAUAAUAUGUUCACGCUUGAGGACAAACAGACUUGUUGGACUGUGCUUGAUAUUCUCCCACAGAGAAUGUUCUGUGUUGCUCUCAAAGUAAAAGAAAAAAAAAAUCUGAUUUUUCAGGAGAGGUCCGCAGGAUUAAUGAGAGUAACUGAAAUGCUCCAAUAAACAGCACGGCACAUGCAGGAAACACACCAGUAGCUAGUGGAGAGUUCGGCAGAUGAACUGAAUUCUUUUCUGAAGCAAGACCAAAAUGAGCUACUAGGCUGAUGUUUGUGACAUUGUUGUCUUAGUUUAUGCUAAAUUAAUAGAUUUUAGAAAAAACAUAUUUUCCAUCUGCUGCAAUAUUCCCUAACCAAUGUUUCAUCUUGCAAUGAAUGUUUAAAUUCACAAUAAUGGCCUAAACUCUACACUCCUUUCUUACGUACAGAUAUUGUUUUUAUUACAUUAUGUGAAGUUACAACUAAGUGAUUGGUAAAGCCUAAACGAACUGUGAAGAGGUUUCCCAGACUCUGCAUAAAUGGGACAAUCAAGCCCCCCUUCAUUCAAUGGUUAACUCUUAUUAUCUCUGCUAAGCAGCAUAGAAACAAGACAGUCAGUUCAGGUAAAACAAGUUUCCGGCUACAUUUGAAGAAUAACAUUUCAUAACAGUUUUUUUAAAGUACAGAAGACAAAAUAUACGAAUUAGAAUCAGCCUUUUUCUGUCAGUGUACUGAAAUGAAAUCUGCUUCAGUAUAGCCCAUCCAAAGAACAAAAGAAAAGACAAACGAACAACGUAAGGCAUGUGUAGACAGGUACCUAAGGCUGUUGCCCCCAUGGGAGGCUCUGCCCUUCCCUUAGUAGGUACAUGAUGUACAGAGCUUUACAAACCCUUUGUGUCUUUAGAUGUGGAGCAAAUCUAUCAAUCUUGUCUGUUUUAAAAGUGUUAGAACUGAUCUCACCAACUGUAGAAGAAAUGAGAAACAAACGAAAAGAUUAAUCUUUCAGAGGACCUAAGAAUCUGAAAAAGUUCAGAAAUGAGUAUAAACCCUGAAGAAAAGUCUAAAAGAAAAACUCCUUCUCUCUUUUACAUGUAUUGUUGGUGACUUCUGGUGCCAGUAUGACUUUUUGCUGCUCUCUUAUGCACAUCCUCCAGACAAAAAUGAAUACCCGACACCGGAGCACACACCGCUGCCAAUGUCCAACUUUACAUCCGCACAGGCCAAAAAAACUGUGAAAUGGUUUCCUGCUACAUUUGAAGAAUAACAUUUAAUUUAAAAAAAAAUAAUUAAGUACAGAAGACAUAAAGAAAUAGAAAUGAAAUUCUGGGAUGCUGUCUAAAUCUCACCAAAAAAGACUGAUAUUGAAUCAAAACAAUCAAACACUUAGGCAACCAGACUGUUGCCAUUUUUCUUAAUCAUAUAAAUCAAAUUAACAGUGGAAGAAAACUUUUAAAAGUUUUUUCAAUUUCACAAAAAAUGACCAUUUUGAUGGGAUGAAACUCUAUCGCGUGUAUUAUUGGAAUAACAAGAAAACGAGACAUUUACUUUGAGCAAGAUGGAACCUAAAAGAACCAUAUUUAUGCAAAUGAUGAGCUACAUAAUCAGGUGACUAGUUAUCUAGAUCAAGUCUUUCUUUUUCUUAAUUGGUUGAAUAUAAUAAAAGUAGAUUUCUUUCAAUGGUCAGACAUAGGAUUAGUAUUGAUCUUUUCAUCAAAAUGAUUGUGGUUUGUACAGUAAACGGUGUUAUGAUGACACAUGCUGUUAUUUGCAGGCAGGAAUUAAGCACACUUUAUUGUGUUUAGAAACUAACUUUCAGAAUGUUCUCAGAAUUGUUUGCAUAAUCAUGAACGAAAGGACCAAGAACACAUAGUGUUAGUUUUAAAUAUAGUGUUAUUUUAUACUUUUAAAACAACGCAACACCAGCUGUUAAUCUAUUGUACAUCACAAAGAAAAAAGUGCUGACUUUAUCUACGUAAUUAUGUGGUUGACACAGUACUAAUAUAGGUUCGGGGACAGCACAAAAUAACAUUACAGAAGAUUCUAUGGCAGAGAACCUAAAAGUCUGUAUUUAUUUAUGCUGUGACUCUGAGUAUUGUGUAGCCUUGGAACUUUGUUAUAGCUGCAAAAUUACUUUUGUUCACAGUGUUUAUUUUUUUAUUUGUAUUUUUUUCUUGAAAAAUACUUGCUGGAAUAUUAUUAUUAUUAUUAUUAUUAUUAUUAUUAUUGCAAAUGCUUUUUAAGGAACAGUGAAUACUUUUAAUGUGUCCUACAAAAUUCUGUGAAAUUUUUGGGUUUUUUAUGUAUUUCUGCUACAUUUUGCUAGAUUUUCAUGGUACAAAAAGUAUGAAUCGUGUUUUACUACAUAGGGUUGAGAUUGAUUAGGGUUGGUGUUUUUGUUCCUAGAUACUUACUUUGUUAAAAAUGUCCUUAUUGUACACUGUGUCAAAAUAAAAUCUCCUAUUUACUGUAAGUGGAUCAGCACUCACUUUUUUAA